ACAUUGCUCAAAGCUCUAAAAUAAUUACGAUGAGCCUCGCAAUCAGCUCUCACCUUAUUUAUAACGUCAACAAAUGUUUACGAACAGACAAACUUCAAUUUUUUGAGACGUUCCUUGAACAUGCUAAGAUGGCGAGAAAACUUCAAGACGAUAGCAUUUUCCAAUCCUUGACUUUUCUCGUUCGUGAUUGGGCUGAUGCCGACGAGUUCCCCUAUGGCUCAGAGGCAGGAGAGGUUUACGUUGAGACCCAGAUGAAAGGAAGAACACAUAACAAUGUCAAGCGUUCAUCAUUUAAAGAUUUGUUUCAUAAAGUCACCUCAUUUCUCUUACCGUAUCCUGGGAAAAGUGUGGCUGAGAGUUCUGCAAUGAAAUUCAGUGGAUCUUUGCAAGAUAUUGAACCAGAAUUCCUAGAAUACGUGGACAAACUUGUUCACUUUCUGUUCGACCCGAUAAAAAUUGUAAUAAAGCAAUAUAAUGAUGAACCUGUAAAAGGAUCAGAAUUGACGGAAAUAGCAGUGCAGUUUGCAAAAAUAUUGGAAGGCGACGAGUUGCCAACACCUAAAGAUUUUUUGCAGGCUCAAACAGAAGCGUUUUUAGCUAACCUUAUUGAAGAAAUGAGGAGACAUUUGAAAAAAAAAAUUGUGGAGUCACUUGGAGAAAGGACAUUUGUCGACGAAGAACUUUUCUGUCAAAUUGCAAACGAUGCGUUUGAGAAAGCAAAGAUUGAAUUUGAGAAAAAACCGUUUUAUGGAGGUGCCGAAGCCAGAAAGUGUUGUGAAAUGAAUCUUGUGGAGCAACUACAACAUGAUAUGGACCAAAUGGCUGAUCGUAAUAACACGAAAAAAAUUCAAUGCAGAAACCAAUAUGAAGAAUUUAUAAAGAAGGAAAUGAAAGAAAUGCAAACAUCUUUGGAACAGAAGGUGGGACAGCACGCAGAAGCGACUGAAAUUACCAGGGAAUGUCAACAUCUCGAAUCUUUUGUGGCAAAACGAUUUCAACAAAAAGGUUUUGGUGUUCCUGAAUACGACGAAGAAUACAUUGCUACAAUGAAUGAAAGAAUUACCGAGCUGUGUGAAGAAACUAUCCGAAGUUGCAAAAACCGUCGGGAAGUUUUGAAAUUAUCUUGCAUUCAAAAAAUAUCCGAAAUUGAGGAAGAGGCCAAGCGUAUCUUAAAAGAGAAACUUGACCAUGUGGUAAUUGAAGAUAGAAGGGAAUUGGAGAAUAUUGUCAAUCAAAUUAUAUACCAUGCAGAUCUACAUUUUGGUAAAUAUAUUCAGCCGGAUGCUCCCGAUUUAUUGAGGAAAAGUCUGAAUGACACUUUAAAAAGCAAACUCGAUAAACUUCAUGCUGUUGCCUUUGAACUACAAAGGAAAACUAAGAGGUAUCUGAGUAUGAUAAUUGAUCGUGAACUCGGCACACUUCGUAGAUACUACUCCGAGGCUAUGCACCAGGAAAUGGGAGAAAGUGCAAAGAAUGAGAAAGAAUUAGAUAAAAUCAAUGUUAAAUGUAUUGAAACUACUAAGAAACAUCUCAAUGAAAUGAAGUUGCUUCCAUACGUUCGCGAAAAAUGCAUUGAAGAACUUGAUUCUGUUUUGGCUGAUGAAUACGUCAUCGUUCGUAAACAGAACAAAGAAAAUCAGAAAGAGUUCCAUGACUGGUGUCGAAGAGAGGUGACUAACUGCCUUAAACAAGCGAAAAAUGAAAUUGAAGAGAAAUGCAGAAAUGAUGUGAAAGAAGACCAAGAAAUAGAAGCAAUUCAUGAUACCGCAAAAUUGCAUGCAUUAGAGAGUUUUCAAAAUCUCAGUCAAAAAGGACCAGAGAAAAUUAUAGAACAGCACAAAAAUGAGUUGUGCAUUGGACUUGUUGAACUUCUGAGAGAUGUUAGACAGCAAAAUCAAAAUCGAAAGGAGGCCAUUAUACGUGAAAUGGAUAAAACGAUAGAUGAAUUCAAACAACAAUAUAAAGAUUCGAUGAAUAAGGAGUUGAAAGCACCCGCAGCAUUGGAAGAAAAUGUACUAAAAGAAAAACAUGAGGGAAUCAAGGAUAUUGUAAUGGAAGAUUUUAUGGAAAAAAAUCGUUUAAAACCAGAAAAAAUCUGUCUGCAGUCUAAAGCAGAUCUAAAUAGAAAGUUGAAUGGCUUAUUCAACGCGUUCAAGCAAGAAAACAAAAACAAACAACGAAAUCUUCAACAAAAGCAAGAAGAAAUUGUUCGUGACAGCCUGGUUGUCUACAACAAAGAAAUGAAUCAGGCGUGCGAAAGUCUGCCAGAUGAGUCUCAACUCGAAGAAAAGCACAAAGAAGCUGAAAAACUUGCCAUAGACAAGAUUACUCAAGUUAAAUUGGAUGAAACUAUUCGAGACAAUUCAAUGACUGUACUAUCGACAAUGAUCGAAGAGCGUUAUUUGCACUACAAGAAGACGGCAGCAGACAAAAAGAAAUGGGCUGGCAGCAAGUGUGAAGAAUACAUGGCCAGGAUAAAAAGGACUUUCGAGCGCGCAGUGGAAUCGAACACCGGUGAACAUUCUUGUUCUGCCACAGACCUGAAAAACUAUUUUUCUAAAGCUCAAAGAAAGGCGGAAAAUGCUCUUCAGAACAUGCAAAUAGCUGCAUCCAUGAAAAAAUUGUGUGCAGAGAAUAUGAAAAAUGCAAUUGAAGAUUGGAAGGAAGACCUAACAAACACAAACAAAGAAGCCGAGGUCGAGUUCAAAGCACUUUGCAAAGAUAAAAUAGAGCGGUGUGCGGAGCAUUACAACACGCUCAUCAAACGGAUUGGACAAAACAUUGUAGAAGAAGAGGAGCUCACUCCUCAUCACGAUAGAGCAAAGGAGGCAACUCUGAAACGUUACGAUAGACAAGAACUUGUUGGAAACAAGGAAAUUGUACAAACACAUAAAGCACAGUUGGAAGAAAACAUAGAGUCCGACUGGAGUGAUUUUAGACAACAGCAAAAUGAUUUUCUGGAAAAGAAAAGAAAUGCUGGAGAAGAAUGUGUUUCUGAGGCACAAACGUUGUAUAAGGAAGAAAUGAAAAAAGUUAUUGGUGUUAAAACGUAUAACAUCGACACCUUGAACGGGUUUCACGAUGAUGCAUCUGAUACAGCUCAAUUCAAAAUUGAAGCGUUAAAGCUCCCAAAAGUUGUGCAAACUGAAUGCUUCGGCAAAUUGCAAAAAUUAUUGAAAAAUGAUUUCUCAAAGUGGAAGCUGAAAAAUGAAGAGUUGAAGGAGGGAAGAAAACGGAGUUUGGAAAAAUAUGUCAAUAUGCAGUGUAUCGAAGCAUACAAACAGAAGAUGGAAGAGCUUUGUGGUUCAAUUUAUUGCCGCGAAAACACCAUGGUCUCGCAUCAUAGAACAGCUGUCAAACAUGUCAUAGCAAAGUUUAAUUCUUACGACAAACUUCCCGAGAAGCAUCUUCCCGAUGAAAAUGUAUUGCAAGAAUGCCUAAAUACACUGAAGGAGCUUUGCGAAGAUGAAAAAAAAAUAUUUGACGGAUUUAACAAAGAACACAAAGUUGAAUGUGAAAAGAUGGCAAAUGAGACAAUCAAUGCAGCAGCAAAGAAAUACAGCGAAAUAGUGGAAAUGGAAACAAAAUAUGGGAUGGACGAAUAUGAUUUGAAGACGAUCCACAGUAGUAGCAAACAAGAAACAAAAAAGUGGAUAGAUAACAAAAAGUCGUUAUUAAGAGAGGAUGUUCAGCAACUCGUUGAGGAAAAAUUUGAAGGAAAAAUGGCGGACAGUUUUGAAGAUAUGAAAAAUAAAAACCAACAAAAAAUAGUUCGAGAAAACUCUGCGCUUGCAAACAUGAAAGUCGACGCAAUUAAGAAGUAUAAAAGAGAUAUGGAACAUGUGAGUGACAUCAAUAUGGAACUUGAAAAUACGUGCUUUCAUUCGAACUCCGAAUUCGACCAUGCUCAUUAUGAUACAAGCAAAGGCGCAAAAGGGCUCCAAAUUGAUGAUUCUGUCAACAAAAGUUCAAGUCGGUUUGAAAAAUUCCGAAAAGAAAGAAAUAAUGAUAUUGAAGAGGCUCGCAAGUUAUUUUUCAACAAACAUACUUCAUUGAUGAAAACACGCAAAAGAAAGUAUCAAGAAGUGGUGAAUGAGCACGCUGGAUAUUACAGACAUGAAGUUUACGAAUCAAAAAAAAAAGCCGAUCGUGACAGCUUUCGGAUAUCAAGUAAACAAAAGGACAUGGAGGCCUAUCACGGUUGCAAUAAAAGUUAUGUGGAAAAAAAGGCUGCCGCGAAGUUGCCGCCAGCAGGCUGCCCAUCAUGUUCGUCGUGUGUUAACUCAGCAAAAAACAGUCUGAGUUCGGAAAUUGACAAACUUUACGAAAAAGUGUACGAAAGUCUUUCAUUUGGAAAAGUUUUUUACUGAAUAUCACAAAAAAGCUUCGAUAUAUGAAAAGAUCGUUUAUGAGUAUUAUUCAGGAAUAUUAGAAUAUUAUUCUUUUUUUUUUGGUUCGACCUUGUUUCAGGUGACAUGUUACUCCUUUUGCUCUGUACUCCAUAGUUUAAAAUUCUUUUGUUUACAUUUACUCUCAUUAUAGAAAAUACUGUUUUGUACAUUAGUGAAAAUGUUCCAUAAAAUAAGUUUAUGAACUUCAAAUAUGCUUUGUUAAAAACGUGAUUCAACGUUAUGGUGACAGUGUCCAUUAAUUUAAAUUUAUUGUAAGAAUAGACGGUUGAAAAGUGUGAGGUCUAAUAAGCCUUUCUUGCGCGUUGGCCCACUAAAGAAUUGGGAUAAAAUACAAUACCAUCAAACGUGGUAUCGAUAAUAAUAUUGAUAAAAGCCCAAUCAAAGGACGUAACAAAUAUCACCGUUCUCCAGGAAACUGUUUCGAGAAUUUUAUGAAGUGCUGUCUAUAUGCUGAAUUACUUUAAGAUAAUGAAAUAUUGUAGCAUCGUAUAGAAAAUUUUCAAAUAUAAAAAGAUAUCACCCUGCCGA